AUGCCUGCGCCGGACGGCUAUCAAAUGUUUUUGCACGCGGCACAGGCCGAUCCGACCCUGCUGCGCCUCGACCCGGCCUUGCCGGCCGGCGAUAUCGCCGCCGAGGCCGCUGUUGCGUGGCAGGAAAUGAGCGAGGACGAGCGUAGAGCAUACGGGAUGCAUCAUGGCGCCAUUCCUCCGGCACGCCGUGCUCGCCUCCCUUCGAAACGACGUGCACCGACGAGCAUCUCGGACGACGAGGCGGAGUACAAUGCCCAGUGUGCUGCACACUCGCAGCCUACGCCGGACGCGAGCGAUGCGCAAUAUCCUCCGCUACGUGUGGAUAUUGGCGCGACGCGCAUGGAGUCCAUUGCGGUGACCAACUGGAAGAGCGGCCGCGCAAGUAGUCGCACCUUUGAGCUGGAGCGCGUGCGUGCGCGCCAGCUCAAAAAGCGACGGCAGGACGCCGACUCGAUCAAGGAGAACCCGGACCAGUCGCCCGCACCCGAGGUCAUGAAGGAGUCGGGGACACCUGCGCCGCUCGACGAAGAGCAAGCCGAGACGCAAGAGCGUCCCACCGAUCCCGAGUUUGGCGAGAACCGAUUCGCGGUGCAGACGCGCAUUGUCGACGGCAAGAUUGUACUGGACGAGCAGUCCCUCUAUGCAAACUACCGCGACGAAGAGCAGCAAGCCAAGGAGCAGCGCAACUGGGAAGUGAUCGACGAGCGCGAAGGCGACCAGUUUGUCAACAGUGCAAGCCGCAGCAAGCAGCGCCGCACGCAGCGGUGGUCGGCAGAGGAGACCGAGCGGUUCUUUCAGGCGAUCUCGCAAUGGGGCACUGACUUCGAGAUGAUUACGCGCCUCUUUCCCCAUCGCACACGCCGCGAGAUCAAGUCCAAGUGGACGAAAGAGUCGCGACAGAAUCCGAAACGUCUUGACGAUGCGUUCUCGCGCAGAGUUGCCGUCGAUCUCACGGCCUAUGGACAUGUAGCCGGUGUUGAUCUGAGUGGCCCCCCGCCAGAGAUUGUGCCCAAGGUGCAAGAAGUGAGGGCGCUGGAGAAGGAAGAGAGGGGUGCAUAG